AUGACCUUCAAGACAAUGGACAACCACACUACGGCUGCCAGCUCUUUUGGUCUACUGGAAAACAAAAUGAACAAGAAGAUUCUCUCACGACUGUUGCUAUCUGUACUAUUUCCGACACUGGGCGCAGUUCGAACAGGAACUCAUGUGGAACGAGGAUAUGGAUUGCUUGGAAGAGGAAGACAGGAAAGUGGAAGAAAAUCUGGAGCAGAAAUGCACGAUGGAGAGCACUCUCAUGCUAAAAGAGCAGUAUGGGGAGGACGAGCGUUCCAGCAUGCUGGAAGAGACUACUACUGGGACGAGCAUCCAGGGCAAUGCGAUGAUCAAACAAUUUGUGCAGUAUCGAUUGAGGAAUUGAGAAAUGCAAAAAACUACAAAGAAAGAGAAAGGCGACACGUAUUUCUAAAUGAAACAAACACAAACCAAUCAACAUCCUUGCAAACAGCAAUGAUAUAUCCUGAAGAAGAUGUGCUAGAACUUAAAUACAGUAACGGUAGCAAGCCGCAAAGGUUUGCAUGGUCAUGUAGAAGAGACGAAGUAUGCUGCAGAAGAGGAUGCUGCUCUGAAGACGACUUCUCUUCUAGAAAAUCUUUUUGGACAAAAUUUGGAAUAGUAUGUGCGAUAGUAGGAGUUUCCUUUGGUAUUUUGUGUGGCUGCUUUUGGGGCUGUUGGGGCAUAUAUAGGAGCAUGCGAGGUGUGCAAAGUUCCCGAGAGCCCGCCCCAUAUGGUGCUCCACUUCCAGUGUACCCAGUACAUCCCGCAUACGUGAGACAUGGCCAUCCUCUGUACUCUGCACAGCCCACGGGCCAUCCUGCGGAGCCCAUAGAUUCACGAGAACAACGAAGCCAGCACGCAUUGCCUAAACAGAAGCGAGAAGUGAGAUCAAGAGAAAGCGGAGAAAAAGAAUCAACGAUAAAUGAGGAGCAAGAAGAUCAUUAAGCGAAUACUGUUUGAAAAAAUGUGUUGAUCCUUCA